AUGCAGAUGAGGGAGGUGGCGUUGGGCAUACAGUAUAUAAACAAGGAGCUGUCUCAGUCCCAGUACCUUGCUUUUCCCUCAGCUUGCCUCAUUAUCUCUGCUCACACGCCUCCACCCACCAAAACCACCAAGAUGUCUUUCGCUGGAAAAUGGGAAACCGAGACCCAGGAGGGAUACGAAGAGUUCUGCAAGCUGCUCGGUAUCCCCGAUGCAGUCAUGGAGAAGGGCCGCGACUACAAGCUGAUCACAGAUGUCACCCAGAGCGGCAACGACUUCACCUGGACCCAAGUCUACCCCACAAAUGCCACGGUCACCAACAAGUUCACCAUCGGCAAGGAGUCUGAUAUGGAGACCAUUGGAGGAAAGAAAUUCAAGGCCACUGUGCAGAUGGAUGGAGGCAAGCUGGACGUGACCUUCCCCAACUACCACCACACCUCUGAGAUCGUUGGAGGCAAGCUUAUUGAGACCUCCAAAUCUGGUGCUGUAGUCCUGAAGAGAACCAGCAAGAAGAUAUAA